AUGUCCAGUGGGAAUUUUACCAGGCUCCUACCCACCGCAGCUGGAGAGAUCGUCCUCGAACCUCUCCAGCUGCGGUGGGUAGGAGCCUGGAAUUUUACCAGCAAUGAGGCGACUGAAUUUGAACGCCUUGGGGACAAAUACGCGCGUACGCUUCUUGAACUUGACGAACCACUGGUCACUUUCUCCGGUCCAUAUGCCGCAUUUGUCGCCAUGCUCAUACUUGAACUUCUCGGCCUCAGAUUGUGCGACUUAGAUUGCUUCCAAACCAUGAACAAGCUCGAUCUCUUGGUUGAAGACUUUCUUCUUGGGAUUAUAGCCGCGGAACAACUCGGGCUCUGCGGGGAGAUCGAAAACUGUCUGAUAAAGCAGCUUCUGACGUCCUUGUCGUCGAUGAGCUCGCCAGUCUUACCCAUCGAAGUGCUUCAUGUAACCCAUAAGCUAGGCCAUCUCGAUCCAGCCCUCAAUCGUGGACACGCCUCGUGCCUCCAUUUCCCAACGAGUUCGCGAACUACCCCAAGGACCGACUUCAGCGAAUCCAGUGACGACGACAACCUUCUCCAGAUUGAUGAUGCCAUGGAGUUUCUCGAGAUCAUGCAGGGAUAA